CGGACUCAGGACUGAAGAGGAAGAGAUGAGCAGAGUUUCCUCCUCACCUGAAGAGAGUCUGUGAGUAGACCUGAAGAGGGUCUGUGAGUAGACCUGAAGAGAGUCUGUGAGUAGACCUGAAGAGAGUCUCCAAGAGCAAACAACACAUUCUGCUGGACCUGGACCUGGACAGGGAUAUGAAGAAGGACUUGGACCUGGAUCUGAACCGGAACCUGCUCCUGAACCUGGUCCUGAACCUGGUCCUGAACCUGUCUCCAGUAACCAGCUUACUGCCGGAGACCAGAACCAGAUUAGAGACAGCAAACACAGAGGAGGUGACCCUUAUCAUAUCCUGAAGGAGACGAGACAUCGGGCAUGACCUUGUGUUUGUCUACAGUUCCAAAGAAGAGCCAGGGAGAAGCCUUCAUGGCCAGAGAAACAUUGCUUUCCUUGCUCCAUUGAGCUCUUUUAACCCUGCUGCAAGCUGCACUGGGGGGCUCAAACGUUCCCCUGACUCCACCAGGAGGCUCACUCCAACCCAUCUGUCAGCUCAGAUAACCCUCUGAUAGUUGGCAACCACAUGUUUGAGGUGACUGUGAGUGACUGCCGCCGCCCAUUCUCGAGCAGCAGCAGCUUCCUGCGACCCCGAUCUGCACCAUGCAGUGGAGACGGCGGCACUGCUGUCCCAUCAACAUGACCUGGACCGUCAAGCGGUCGCUCUUCAGGACCCAUGUGGCCGGCCUCCUCUCGCUGGCUCUACUCUUCACCCUUUUCUUAUUUUUCAGCCAUCAGGAUUGGCUUCCGGGACGCAGCGGGCCCCGGGAAAACCCACUGGCCUACACUGUCAGGGGCUUCCGCAGCCCCAAAGGCGAAGCCAACCAGAGCAGCUCCCUGCGGAGCCUGUGGAGGGACACGGGGUAUGUGGCACCAAAGACUCUUCUCAACCUCAGCUCUCAGCAGGCAGAUGGGGCUGCGGGGGAGGCAGCAGCAGGAGGCGGAGGGGGUUCCAGGAUGGGGGUAAUGGGACUUGGGGACUCCAUGAGCACCAACAACAGUUUACAGAAGGAGAUGGGUGUGGGAGGGAGGCUCAAUGCUCAGCCCUACCGCUACAUCCUGAACGAGCCUGUCAAGUGCAGGGACAGGACGCCCUUCAUCAUCGUCCUGAUCGCUGCAGAACCCGGACAGGCCGAUGCCCGUAAUGCCAUCCGUCAGACAUGGGGAAAUGAGAGCAACUCAAUGGGCUUAGGGUUUGUCCGUCUUUUCCUGCUCGGCACUGGAAAGAGCUCAGACACCUACCUGCAGAGCAGCAUAGAGGAAGAGAGCCUUGUUCACCACGACAUCAUCCAACAGGACUAUCAGGACACUUACUAUAACCUGACCAUCAAAACGCUGAUGGGCAUGAACUGGGUGGCCACCUAUUGCCCACACGCCUCCUACGUGAUGAAGACAGACAGCGACGUGUUUGUCAAUACCGAGUAUCUCAUCCAAAAGUUGCUUAAGCCCAAGCUACCUCCCAAACAGAGGUACUUCACCGGCUACCUGAUGAGGGGCUAUGCACCAAACCGAAACAAGGACAGCAAGUGGUACAUGCCGCCCGAGCUGUAUCCAAGCGAGCGUUAUCCGAUAUUCUGCUCGGGCACGGGGUAUGUGUUCUCAGGGGACAUGGCCGAUCUGAUCUACCAGGCGUCCCUGAGCAUACGAAGGCUGCACCUGGAGGACGUUUACGUGGGGAUCUGCCUGGCCGAGCUGCGCAUCGACCCGGCCCCUCCUCCCAACGAGUUCCUCUUCAACCAUUGGCGGGUGUCUUACUCCAGUUGUAAGUACAGCCACCUGAUUACGUCCCAUCAGUUCCACCCCAAUGAACUCAUCAAGUACUGGAAUCGCUUGCAGAGCAACAAGCACAACGCCUGUGUCAACGUGGCCUAGAAAAAGAACAGCAGGCAGACACCGAAAGUUUCACGGAGAGAGGCCUCCUUGACGCAUUCUGUGAUUACAACCCCUGCUCAAGAGACAAAGGGAGAUGAGCACACUGUUACUACAGUCUUGGAGGGCAUAUCAGUACUAUACACUAUAUGGGGAAAAGCACAUUGUUUUUGGUAUUGUGUACAGUCGAUGAUCCAAACUAUUUUUUAAUUUGAGGAAAAGAUGUUAAGUAUUGUAAAACUGUUGAGCUAUUUCUAAAACGGAAGAUUGUCUGAUGAUGUGGAGCAUAACGUGCUGCUGCUGUCUCAAGGGUGAUGUUGAGGAUAAUUCAGGUGCCAAGAGAAAGGUGGUUAUUCAUGCUACAGUUAAUGUGAAGGCUCGCCUCUAAAAGGGUAAUAUACAGUAUGUCACACUUUACAAACAAAAUAAAAUAGACAGUGGUGUUUACACAGAAAAAGAGAAAUGCACAUGUAUUUUGUCGAAUGUUACACUACCUAACUAUGAAUGAAAAUAUAUUUGACGUUGACCAGUUAUGCUGCCCGGUUUCUCAGUGUUUACUUUACAGGUUUAUCAAAGAACAUGACUCUAAAGAGAAGGUUUAUCCGUCAUAUACUGUAUUUUUUUUUUUUUUAAAUCUACAUGG